GAGAGAAAGAGAGAGAGAGAGAGCGGAGUCUGCUGACUGUCUUGCUCUUGUCUUGCAGAGCCCGAAGUGAAGUAGUAGUAGAGUAGUAGCUGGCUACUAGUCGCGCGCGAUUGACAGUGCUGCGGAGGCUUGUCUAACUUGUGUGCGCGAGUGUGAGUGUGUCCGUGUGCCAUAAAGUGGGUGCUAGCAGUUAGCUCGCGCGCGCACAGUAGACGUACGAGUCGCCGCUGGUGCUUUGUGAGAUUGAUCCGGGUUUCCAGCCGAGAGCUGUCCUCGGGGACCCGAGUGUAAAGUAUGCUCCGAGCCAAGGCCGCCGCGGCGCCCGAAACAAGUGCAGCGGAGGUUGCGCUGGCGGCAGCUGCGGCCUGUGCACCUCUCCUCAGUGGGACUGCUGCUGGAGUUUGAUCUGCGGCGGCAGCAGCAGCAGCAGCAGUAGCUUAAGCUUUAGCGACGGAGACAGCAGCUCGUUCCGAUGUCCGAGCCGCCCGAGGAAAAUGUGUCCCCGUCGCCCAGCGCUUGGAAAAUGAGCAUCGCGAGCAACAUUGUCGUCGAGUGGCUGCACUCGCUCCACCUCGGCGAGUACGCCGAGUCCUUUCUGGACAACGGCUACGACGACCUCGAGAUCUGCAAGCAGAUAAGCGAGCCGGACCUCGACGCGAUAGGCGUCUUCAAGCAGAGCCAUCGUCUCCGGCUGCUCCAGUCGGUCAAGAGGCUGCGAGAGGAAGGCGCCGCCAGCGUCUACUUCAGCCUCGAGGAGAGCAGCGCCUGCCUCUGCUCCGCGAGCCAGCAGGACUGCAGCAGCCAGGAGCUACUCUCCGCGGCUCCUACCCCCGACAAGGAGGAACAGGCGGCCCCCAAGCCGCCCACCAAGUUCAUCGACGAGUACGAGGAGGGCAAGGCCGAGCUCGUCCGCAUACCCAGGAUGCAGCUGCGACUCCUGCUCCAGGACAAGCUCCGCACCGACGGCAUUCGUCUCGCCUGCCAGCCCUACACGACACCGGAAGGCGAGCGCGGAUACUUGGAGGGUCUGGCCUCGCGCUAUGCCGACCUUUUGCGAACGCACUACGGCGACGUCCUCGAGCCCCUCGAGGAGCUGCGACGCCGCGAGACCGAUGCCAAUCUACGAAUGACCAGCACACAACUCACCACUAGUCAUUCGCAGCCUAUUUACGUUCCCGGAAAAUACUCCCCAUCCUCUUGCCUCAGUGAUAAAGAAGAAGACGAGAUUUAUGGCUUUGGCUAUGGAGUUUUUGGCCGACAAAUGAUGCAGCAGAGGCAGCAGAAGUUGGCCCUGGCAACGCAACACUUAACUUUGGCCAAUCAUUCUAUGCAGCAACAGCAGCAGCAACAGCAAUCCCUUUAUCAAAGUUGUUUGAGUCCGAGGUCAGCCUUCUUUUACGAGUUCCCACCCAAUGAGCAAGGGCAGAAUACAAGUAAAAAGAAGACAACUUUUUCUCGGAUUUUGAGAGGAUUAAAAACUGUCAGGAAAGAUAAGCAUAAUCAGGCACAAAGUUCCCCAAGACAUAAUACACCCCGAUCUGGUGUGCCACAACGUGUUGAUACCCCAGAUAGUGUUUUGCAGAGCGGCUUGGGUCUAACUCCAGAUACUGGACACACGGUUCUACGUUCUAUGGUUGAUCCCCGAGAUUACGAUCGACUGAAGUAUCUCCAAGCAAAUGGAAGUCAAGCCAACACCUUUGAAGAGACCAUACAUAGGUUAAAAGUCCAGGAGGCAUUGAGAAAAAAGGAGAGAUUCAACAAAGAGCACGAAGAUAUUUUAAAGGACAUCAGGCAAGGUUUAAUGCUAUUAGGACGAGAGGAUAAGAGCCAAUACCCAGACGAUACAUACAUGUACGAUGAAGAGGCGAGAUGCGGCGACAUGCACACGUUGGAAGUAGUCGGUGGAGGAAUUCAACAUUGGUACGACGAACCUCCGUACGAGUCAGAUCCCGAAGAUUUUUUGAUGGUCUGCAAUACUGGUGAGGCAGGAGCUGAUGGCGGCAGCAAUGCUAGAAUCGAAAACGGAAGCAGAUUGUGCUACAGAAUGAAUGUUGAGCCUGACAACAGAAAAGAGAGCGUCAUUUCGUUACGCACAGCUGGUGAUAUAAGUUUGCCAAAAGACCGCUCUCGUAAAUUAUCAAGUUCAACGAUGAGAGGCCUAAUAGUUCCUCAAGGACUCAAUAAUCCACCGACGAUAAUACCCCUAACUCAUUCGCGAACUUCGCGGGAAAGCGGCGAAUACGCCAGCAGCGAUGUUCAGAGUCGGAGUAGUGGAGAGGAGGAUGAAAACGAAGAAUCGCCACGGAGUCAGAGUACCGAUUACGAAGAUCCAGAUCCAACUGAAGAGGAGGCUAACAAAGCGUGGCGUGCCCAACAGUAUACAGCUCCACCGCCUCUCGAUCGUAAUUGUGGCAGUACGAGAAUCUGCGCACCAGCCCCUACAGUUGCAGUGGGAGUAGCAGCCGGUUCAGGAGCAGGGAUUGCAGCGACGAGUGCAGUCAGAGCGCGUGUCGGACUCGGAGAAGGAGCCGCGGCUGUUGGUAUCGCAGGCAGAGCGAGAACUCUUAGACAGGACGUACAGCGGAAGAUCAAUCGACUAAGACAACAACGUGGUUCGAUUAGCGAGGCUGGUUUUCCGUGCAGUGCUAGCAGUCUUGAAAGUCUGCCGAGCGGCAGUGCUUCGAGUAGUACUCAGGCUCUCGUGCGCGCUGGCAGUAACCAUAGCUCGAUCUCGUGCGAAGAACGCGAACCCGGGAGCCCUCAAACUUCUAAUAUAACUCCGAAUGCUCUUGGAGCAGUUAACGUGCUUUGCCGUGCUAGGGCGCUCGUCGAUUGCAUGCCCAGCCCCUAUGACAAGGACGCUCUUGCUUUUAAGAAAGGCGAUAUCAUUGACGUUCUGCAAAUGAACAACACUGGUCUUUGGAAAGGUAUGGUGCACAACCGCUUAGGGCACUUUAAAUUUAUCAACGUUGAAAUAAUAAACGAGCGUUUUCCCCGACGUGGAAAGUGGAGUCAAAAGUACAAACAGAAACCAGGUUCAGUACCUGAACUCCUACAACGUAUGAAUCUUCAGGAGUACAUCUCAGUCUUCCUGCUCAAUGGUUAUGAAGAUCUUGAAUUGUUUCGCGAGCUCGAACCAGCUGAUCUUGAUUAUCUUCGCAUUCAGCAUCCCGAACACCGAGCUAAAAUUCUAACGGCAGUGCAGUUAUUACACGAUUUGCAAUCGGAAAGCGACGUAGACGAAUUGGCAGCGUCCAGUUCGGAAAAUGACGAGAUGGCUGCUUUGGGCUUUAAUAUAUCGCGUCUGGGCAUUGGCAGGAAGCAGUCUCAACGAUCUGAAAACAACCUUGAUGCUGAACCGGCGGAUAGCCAACCGACUGAAUUUCAAGCCAAUUUGCCACUUCGGCUCGCCACGAAUAGCACCAUAACCCGCAUUAGUACUUCGGUAGAUCAUUAGUUCUCUGUUCAAUAACCCCUCUAAUUGUUCAUCUUGCCGUCCCUACUUAUUGCUAGUGACUAGCUGCUCUUGUGAUAACGAAACUUUAAUAGCACAAAACGUUGUUUUGCAUGAAAUCUGACAAGGUUGGCAAGACUACACGAAUCGUCAAUUUCAUUUACAUACGCCUAUAUUUACAAACCGAAAGUUUAACAUUAGAAAUAUUAAAUUCGUUGCUGCGUCCGCAAACUUUAGAAGGCUGAUUACUAACUUUCAAUUAACUUGUCUGGAUUUUUUUUCACACAGAGUUUCGUUUUGUGCUAUUAGUAUACAUAUAUUAUAAAUAAAUAUAUAUAUUAAUAUAAAGAAAAGAUGAUCAAGACAAUCUUCGCUCUCGGGUGCGCAUAACUCGAAUACGCCAUAAUCAUCGGUCUAUGAAUCUAAAAAAAGUCGUCAAAUUUCUUAUCUGUCUUUCAGCGUACGUUGUACAUAAAAUGCUCAAUUUGUCUUCUUUUCUUACACUUAUUUUACUUUGUAUUAAAGCUAUCUUUGCCAAAUUUUUCGAUUAGCGUAUAAGAACAUAAUGUAUAGAAAAUAAUAGUAUAACGCAUCAGGCGAUCUUUUGUACAUCUCUGUAUAGUGUAAAACUUAUAAUUAGCAUUAACAUUAAGAUAGUUGAUGAUACUGUUAUUAUUUUUAUUUUCAUUAUUACUUCUUAUAUUAUUGAACAUAAAACAUUUAUAAAAAUCGAAAAUACAAGCGGCAAGCAUCCUUUACUUUUUCGUGCUAAAUUCUAUUUAAAGAAAGAAGAUCCGCGUAACUUAUAACUCGCGAUAUAAGAUGAUUCGCACAAAUUGUGUAAAUAGAAUAAAAGUGGCGUAUAAUUGCUCGUGAGAAUUUUUAGUAUAAAAAAGUUAGGACUGUUUCCAAAUCUAUCUCUGGUACACUGCUGUAAGCAAUUGAAAUCAUUUGAUCUCUUUAGUUAUGAAUAUGGCGCUUGACGAUUUUUUAACGAUAUAACGAAUGAAUCAUAUUGUAGUCAUCAGUUUAUAGCUUCUAAAGGGAAUAUACUGCUUUCGAUUUGAAAAACGUAUGCUACUUUAGUGUGCGAUUGAGAAAUCAGAAACUAUGUCUAUACUUUGGGCAUACAUUGACGAUAAUGUUAUUAAAUGUUGAAACAAUAUUCGAGAAAAAUGUUGCUUUAAUGUAUUUUGGCCUAAAACGAUAAUUUAUAGAACGAAUCAACUUUCAAAGCAAUAAACUGCAUUGUAUUAUCAUAUUGCCAUUAUCAUCGUCGACAUUAUCUUUAUCACUGCUGUCAACGAAACGUUUAAUCUGCGUAACGAAAAAAACUGCUUUUUUAACCAAAAUUUUAACGUGUUGAAUUCAUUUUUUACAAUGCAACGCACGUUUAGAUAACUACAAGCAAGUAAAUUAGAAUAUGAUAAUUCGUAUAUUUGACAUUUUAUAUUUAAUGUAUUAAAAUUUUUCUAUGCUACAUUUAUACAGCGUCGAUGGCGAUAAUAAGCCGCUAAAUAGUAUCCGAUCCAUCAAAGCAAAAUGAAAAAUAUGUGUAGGCAGAGUAAAAAUGUUAAUUAGUCACAAGUUUAUCAUGAGAUGUGUAUAAAUAUAAUAGACAAGAUAGUAAUUUAUUAGCGAUACAAAGUAGUGAAUAAAAGUAUGUUUGACAUCGAGCAGAAUGUUAAAAAGUUUGAAGUAUGUGUAAACUAUCAUCAAAAAUAACGAGAUAAAUUAUAAAUCCGUUUGUCGGUAAAGCCGAUAAAUUUUUCAAUGACGAUCAGAUUAGAUCAAACGAUUGAAAGUGAUGAUUAUAUAUGCACACGAAAACACAAACACGAAAAAGAAAAAAAUUAAUCAGAAUUUAUGAAAAAAAAUGUCGAAUGAGUGGCUUAAAACGUUUACUUAAUUGAUGGUCUAGUCUGUUACCGUUAUAAUCAUGAAAAACAAACAAGAAUUUUUGUACAUAAGGUCCGAGUUUUUAUCUAAACUAAUUUUUAUAUUUAUUAAUGAAUCGUGAGAUUAAAGACUAUAUAUACUGCCAGUUAUGCAUAAUUACCAAACCAUUUUUUUAUUUACGAUUACGAUGAUUGUAGAAAAAAUAUUGUUAAUUUAUUAUUUGUAAAAUUAAAUAAAUGAGGAAUGAAUCAACUUUA